AUGAAGCCGUCAAACCCGAGGCUGGAGCAAUUGGAUGCGUCUGUUGUAAGCACCUGUGGUCUGAUGUACUAUCUCUUCGACCUUGCUGAGACUGCCCGUCUUGAUGCCAAGUCAAGCUUUGCACUGAGUCAUCUGAAAAAAUGUGCUCUGAUUGCCGUGGGCAGGUUGAACAAUGACGGUGGUGGCUUUUGCUAUCUCACUGAGUCCCGCCGACUGCAGAUUCAAGGGUCUGGUGUGGUCAAUUUGAGGGGAUUCAUGCAUGAAGACGAUGAUACACAUGGCAAUGUGCUGGUGGCAUUUUCAAAGCUUUGGGCUGACAUGAAAACUGCAACCAUCCUUUCGUCUGCGUUUGAUGCUGCUUCUUUCAUGGACCUGACAGUCUUCCUGGCCAAGUGUGUCAAGUUCAAAAGAUCCAGGAAGGCACAUGCCCUAAGUUCCAAUGGACUUGCUUUCAGAAAUUUGCUUCGGAAUGCGGUGGUGAAAUUCUUGGCUUCCUCCAUUGACGUUCUGGUCAUGCAAGCUCAAGUCAAUGGUGACAUUGAGCAGCGGCAGAUUCCAUCACGUGGACGCAGGAGGAGAAGAUCAAGUGAUGCCCUUGUACCUGCAGUGGAUGGUGAUGAAGAAGCAGAGGAAAAUCCAAGUAGCAGCAAGGCCCGUAAAGGCCGAGUGCAGGUUGAUAUGAACACGAUUUGGGAGAUGCAUGAACAUGCAAAUGAGAUUGGACUUUCACUCCCUGCUUAUGUCCAAACAAAGGAACGGGAUCGACAUGGAGGUUGCCACGCCCAAACUUGUCAAAUGUGGCUUCGCAAAAUACACAAGAUGUAUGCAACCAGGUCUUCCCUGAGCUUUCUUGAUGUGCAGCAGGUCAAUGUCAUCACAGAUGCUAGCCGAUUCUCUGGCAGAGAGACUUUGAUCAGUGUGGCUUACAGCCCCGAGAACAAUGUUGCUGUGUACCUCAACAACCAAUUUCUUCGCAGUGGCAGGCAUGUGGGCCCAGAAGAUUUGCUGCUCGAAGGGACAUUGGAUAUGCUGGUUGCACAGCGCAAGGUGCAACGCAUUGCUGCAUAUGCACAACUCGAAGCAAUCAACAACCAGUUGAAACAUUUGUCAGAUGGGAAAAUGACAAUCGCCAGCUUUGACUUUGGGAAGAGUGGCCUUGCCAAGGCUAUGCAACCUUUGACGCCGAGCCAGCUGAGAGUUGUGACCAGGGAUAGCAACUCACUGGUGACUCUGUGA